UAUGAGGCGGCGGAGGGAUUGAUGAUGAUGAUGAAGAAGAUGAUGCUCGGAUUCAACAGCAUCCAGAAUAAAGCCCUGACGCAUCGGUGUGGGUGUUUUUUGGCACUCUCUCUAGGCAUGAGCACUGAACCCUGAUAGAAGAGCAGCAGGAGAAUGAGACUGCGGGUUGUAGAUAAACAGUGGCAGCAGGGGCAGCGGAUGGUGAUUUAUGGGGCGGUCUUCCUCAUCAUGACCCUCCUCAUCCUCUACAGCUCCAACAGCUCAGCUGAUCUUUACAGCCCCUUUAAAGUCAACGAGUUUCGCCACGCCGUCAAACACACCAACCUCAAGAAAUGGGCCGGGAAGGAGGGAUACGCUCCUGUUUACGGCAACAAGAGCAUGAGCCUGCACUGCCGUCAGUGUGCGUUAGUGACCAGCUCUAGUCACAUGUUGGGGACUCACGCCGGAGACGAGAUCGACCGUACAGAGUGUGUCAUCCGCAUGAACGACGCUCCAACCUCCGGCUACGAAUCAGACGUGGGGAACCGGACCAGCGUGCGCGUCGUGGCUCAUUCCAGCGUAUUCCGUGUGGUUCGCAAACCCGCCGAGUUCCUCAAUCGCUCAGAGAGCCAUGCCAUCAUAUUCUGGGGCCCGUCGACGAAGAUCGGCCGCGACGCGAAGGGAACGCUGUACCGGCUGAUCCAGAGAGUCAGUAUGACCUACAGUAACCUGUCCUUCUUCUUCAUCUCACCCGGCAAAAUGCAGAGGUUCGACACGCUCUUUCAGAAAGAGACCGGCCGAGACAGAAAAAAGUCUCAGUCCUGGUUAAGCACCGGCUGGUUUACCAUGGUCAUUGCCAUAGAGAUGUGCGACAACAUAAAGGUUUAUGGGAUGGUGCCGCCAAACCAUUGUGGGAAGCGUCCUCAGCCCAAACGGAUGCCCUAUCACUAUUACAAACCCAGAGGUCCAGACGAGUGUGUGACGUACCUCCAGAACGAGAGGGGGCGCCGCGGAUCACACCACCGCUUCAUCACUGAGAAACAGGUGUUUGCGCGCUGGGCCAAGCAGUACAACAUCAGCUACAGCCACCCGACGUGGUGAGAAACACAUCCAACAUGCCUGGUGAGUUGGAGCCAACAUGGUGGCUUUCUGUACCUCUGUGACCUUCUGAUCCAAAAUGGCUACCAUUUCAAAUUGCCUGCUCAGAACGGCUGCUGGUUUCUCUUUGAUCUGGAUUAGUGACUGAGCCAAAAUGGAGGCCAUGCAGGGAUCCAGGAACAAGCCAAGGGUGGACAAGCUUAGUUUCCCUUAGAAAAAUGAACAGAUGAUGGAACGUUUCUUGUCUCAAGCGUGACGGUACUGCCGUGAAGCUUUCCUAAGCCUUCUCUUACACAGUUUUUCACCCAGAAUCGGUCAUUUCUCAGAGAACGAAGGCCUUUUGGAUGGAGAAUGAAAGAGAAAUCCUUUAUGUCAGUUGCCAAAUAGAAGAUUCAUUCACAUCUCGUGGUACAACCAACACAUUUGAAUGUUAGUCAUGUGAAACUACCAGAGAAUAGGAAUCAGAAUUUAACUACUUCACAAGAUUAAGAGUAUGUUCUAUGGUGUAAAUAAGAACUAUGUCAAUUGUUAUUCCAAAAAAAAAAAUAUUUUUACAAGUUUAUAUAGUUUUAA